AUGGCGGCAUCACUGGAUUUCUUGGAGAAGUACCGUCAGGCAGAAUCUGGCCUUGACAUAACUGAGCAGACCUGGUACCUUGCCGCAGCCGCAGCAUUAGCCGGCGCAAAUGUCGGUGCACGCCAGCCAGAUCUGUACCGCCUGGCCACCAAGGAUCUGCCUGUAGAAAAGGAAUUGAUCGUGCAGAGACGCAUAAAGGAGGUUAUACUAAAGCUGAGCCUUAUGAUUGGGAAUCCGAGGUCAUUGGGAUCGCUUAUUCCCCUGUUUGGGGUCUUCAAACCAGAUGUUGUGGAUCUAACUGAAGAACAGGGUGAUGCGGAAGCUCUCGAGCGCCGAAAGAAGCUGGCAGCGGACCACUUUGCAACCCUGUGGUCGCCGGAUGCUGCUCGAUCCAACUUCGAAAUUCUGAAGAAGAACCAUACAGAUGCCCACCUUCUUCUCGCUGAGUGGUCAUAUACUUGGUGGUUCAGCGAAGACCGUAUCCUGAGUCUUGUUGAGACACAAAUUGCUCUCGCGGGCGGCAUCACCCUCAGCAAUGCGCCUAUGCAGGCGACGUGGCAUACCCGAGGCAUCGUUCGCUGUGGCGGAUCUAGGGAGCUCGCUGAACGAUCACAGAAUCUCUACUUCGAAGUAGGCCGUAAGUUCAACGUUCUUAUUGGAGAUGUGCAGCUGGUACAGGAGAUGGACUUUGAGCAGCCUGGGUUCCUUACGAGCUUUGCAAA